AUGUAUUUUAGACAUCACAACUGGGCUGGAAUAGCACAGACUUUUUCUGUUACGGGCGGUCAUUCCUACAAGUGUAGUAUCUACAUCAAGAUUCUUAACCUUGGGAGCGGAAAGUCGUAUGCUACCGUUAACCUAGAUAUUGAUUAUCAACAAAAUGGUAAACACCAUUACUUGGGUUUGUGUAAUGACAAGUUUCACGAGGCCAACCGAAACUUUGAAGAAAUUGGUGGAGAUUUUCACAUACCCUCAGGAGUUAACCAGGCAAAGGUGUAUGUACAGGUGGAGGACCCGUCGGUAAACUAUAUGGUUGAUUAUGCCAGCUGUGAACAAAUAACACACGAUGCUCAGUGGCGGUCACAUGCUAACGCUCGGAUAGACAAUCUAAGAAAAGGGUCGCUCACUAUUAAGCUUGAUGCAGCAAGUAAUUUAGAUACAAAUGGGCUAUCAGUUCAGAUUAAGCAGACAAAAAGUAAAUUCGCUUUUGGAACAGCGUUUAAUGCUCCAUAUGUUACUGACAGUUCACAUACUGCUUAUCAACAGUUCAUUUAUGAUAAUUUUGAAUGGGGAGUACCAGAAAACGCACUGAAGUGGAAACUAAUGGAAUGGACGAAGGAUCAUAUAAACUAUAAUAAAGGAAUGGACGCCGUUAAAAAAUUGAGAUCUCAUGGGAUAAAGGUACGUGGACAUAAUAUGUUUUGGGAUGACCCAAAGCAUGUACCAGAAUGGUUGAAAGGUAUGCCAUCAUCACAGGCGUUACAACUGAUGCACAAGAGAGUGAACGACAUGAUAUCUCAUUCUAAAGGAACACUGGAACACUGGGAUGUUAACAAUGAAAACCUUCAUGCCCAUCCGUUUGAGGAUUUAACACACGAUCCACAUAUUACACAGAAGAUGUUUGACUGGAUACACGCUUUAGAACCAAAUAAUAAAUUAUUCCUGAAUGAGUAUAAUGUGAUUACGUCCGGCGAUACAACAACGCCCUUCAAAAGUCUUGGUAAAAGAUAUAAAGAUAGUGGAGUACCUAUUUAUGGAAUGGGCAUACAAGGACAUUUUUAUUCAAGCCACAUUAACUUAGAUGUAUUAAAGUAUAGACUGGAUAAAGUUGCAGAGGCUGGAUUACCGAUAUGGAUCACUGAACUAACAAUCAAGGAUUCUAAUGAAAACAAUAAGGCAAACGCAUUGGACGAUGUAAUGACAAUGUUUUUCAGUCACCCAGCAAUAGAGGGCGUCCUACUAUGGGGAUUCUGGGAGAAUGCAAUAUAUGACAAACAACUCUCUCUAGCAACCGGAAGUAACGUGACUCCGAAUGCUGCAGGAAGAAAAUGGAUUGAAUUAUUCCAUCAAAGAUUUAGAACAAACGAAAUUCACAAUUUCAAUGGUCAUACAGUGCAUACUAGAGCAUUCUUUGGUGAACACCAGUUGAUACUUAAACAAAACGGAAAAAACGAUUCAUACAGAGAAUGUUAGUUUUAAUCAAGGAAGUCGAACUGCAACAAUUCAUUUACAGGG